AUGGCCAUGGCUCCUCCUCACUUCCUCCUUGUCAGCUAUCCAGCGCAAGGCCACAUCAAUCCAACUCUCCGGUUGGCCAAGCGGCUAAUACAAAUCGGUGCUCAGGUCACCUUUGUCACUACCGUCUAUGCCCAACGCCGCAUGGUCAAACCGCUGUCUGUUUGUGGAUUAUCCUUCGCCCCCUUCUCUGAUGGCUACGACGAUGGGUGUGAAAACAAAGACAAUUUACAUCACGUUCUGUCAGAGAUUAAGCGCCAAGGAACGCUAAAGCUCACUGAGCUCGUGCUGGAAUGUGCUGACCAAGGUCGGCCCGUUGCUUGCAUAGUGUACACCAUGAUCUUUGAUUGGGCGCAAGAGGUGGCACGUAGGGUUCAGGUUUUAUCUGCUUAUUUCUGGAAUCAAGCGACCACAGUGUUUGACAUCUACUACUAUUACUUCAAUGGUUAUGGUGAUGAAGUUAGAAAUAAAAGCAUUGAUCCCUCAUCGUCCAUUGAGCUUCCAGGACUGGAGCCACUGUUCACUAGCCGAGACCUUCCCUCUUUUCUACUGUCUUCAAAUAAAUUGACUUUUGUUCUCGAAUCGUUUCAAAAGAAUUUCGAAGCACUUAGCCAAGAUGAAAACCCUAAAGUACUGCUAAACACCUUUGAUGCAUUAGAGCCCAAGGCUUUGCGGGCCUUGGACAAGCUUAAAUUGAUUGGAAUUGGCCCCUUGAUCCCAUCUGCUUUCUUGGAUGCAAAAGAUCCAACUGAUAUUUCUUUCGGAGGGGACCUAUUUCAAGGUUCCACUGACUACAUAGAAUGGUUGAACUCCAAGCCCAAAUCAUCAGUCAUUUACAUAUCCUUUGGGAGCUUAGCUAUUUUGUCAAAGCCGCAAAUGGAGGAGAUUGCCUGUGGUCUGCUAAAUAGUGACCGACCUUUUUUGUGGGUCAUAAGAGAACCCGAUAAGGGAGAAGUGAAAGAUGAAGAAAUGCUGGGUUGCAGAGAAGAAUUGGAACAGAGAGGGAUGAUAGUACCUUGGUGUUCCCAAUUGGAGGUUUUGACCCAUCCAUCAUUGGGAUGUUUUGUGACGCACUGUGGGUGGAAUUCAACCUUGGAGAGCAUGGUUUGUGGGGUUCCGGUUGUGGCAUUUCCCCAAGGGACGGAUCAAGCCACCAACGCAAAGCUGAUCACGGACAUGUGGAAAACUGGCAUUCGGGUGUGGGCGAAUGAAGAAGGAACGGUUGAACGUGAUGAGAUAAAGAUGUGCUUGGAAAUUGUUAUGGGAGAUGGAGAAAGAGCAGAAGGAUUGAGAAGGAAUGCUGAGAAAUGGAAGGAGUUGGCGAGGGAAGCUAUGAAGAAUGGUGGAAUUUCGGACAAUAAUCUCAAGGCUUUUGUGGAUGAAGUUGGACAAAAAUUGUAA